CUGACACACGGAGAGCAUCUAGUGGAGGGGUGAAGAACUCCUGCUGGAAUAAAUUACACAUAUGCACAGCAGCAAUUCCCCUAAGAUGAUGGACAGCAAAGAACAGACAGCAAACAGAAGAGCAGCAGCACAGAGACACCUCGCUUGUGUAAAGUGCGUCUGCUCUUCAAGGAGAAUAUCUGUGACACAUUACAAUGCUUCAAAUAAGGGACCUCAUCUGGGGAUUGCUAUUCAUUGGCAGUGCAGCCGCCAUCCAGGUGCAAAUCACCCCGACACAAGGUGAAAUCAGCGUGGGAGAGUCCAAAUUUUUUCUCUGUGAAGUGGUGGGAGAUGCUAAAGACAUAGACUGGUUCGCUCCCAGUGGAGAGAAGAUCCUCCCCAACAGGCAGGACAUCUUUGUGAGCCGCAGUGAUGAAACCACGUCAACCCUCACCAUCUACCACGCCAACGUGGACAGCGCCGGGAUCUACAAGUGUGUGGCAAAGAACGGGGACAAGGAGGCCCAGGCUACAGUCCAAGUCAAGAUCUUUCAAAAGAUCACCUUCCAGAAGGCUCCCAGCCCGCAGGAGUUCAAUGAAGGCGAUGACGCCGAUCUAGUGUGUGAUGUGGUCAGCUCGCCGCCACCCGCCAUCAUUUGGAAGCAUAAGGGCUCCAAGAUCCAGGCUGCCAAAGACGUGCGAUUUAAGAUCCUGGAUAAUGGCCACCUGCAGAUCCGAGGCAUCAAGAAGACAGAUGAGGGCAUGUACAACUGCGAGGCUCGCGUCAUGGCCAGGGGAGAGAUUGACUUCAGGAUGAUCAAGGUCGUAGUUAAUGUUCUUCCCACCAUCCGUGCCAGGCAGUCAGACGUUAACGCCACGGCAGACAUCGGCAGCAUGGCUCUGUUGGCCUGUGAUGCUGACGGCUUCCCCGAACCCACCGUCACCUGGGCACAUAACAACAUUGUCCUUGAAACAGGCGAUAAGUACAGCCUGAACGAGGAUGGCUCAGAAUUGGUAAUAAAAGACGUCAAGAAAGUGGAUGAAGGAGAUUACACUUGCAUCGCCAAGAACAAGGCGGGAGAGAAAGCCGAGGAAGUCAGCCUGAACGUGUUUGUGCAACCCAAGAUCACCUACCUGAAUAACCAGACUGCCUCAGAGUUUGAUGAACAAGUCACCCUGACCUGCGAGGCAUCGGGCGACCCCACACCCACCAUCUCCUGGAGUUUUGAAAACAGAGUAUUCACUGAAGGAGAGCAGGCUUCAUGGACGAGACCAGACAAAUAUGAGAGCCUCGAUAGAAACAUUGUGGUGCGCAGCCACGCACGGGUGUCCUCCCUCACCUUGAAGAACGUCCAGUUCACAUACGCCGGCCUCUAUCUCUGCACCGCCAGCAACUCCAUCGGACAGGACGACCAGCUUGUGCACUUGGAAGUCCGCUAUGCUCCAAAGAUCAUGGGUUCAGUGGCGUGGUACACGUGGGAGGGAAACCCGACCAACAUCAGCUGUGAGGUAGAGGCUCACCCUGGAGCCUCGGUGAUCUGGUUCAGAGACGGCCUCCCGCUGCCGCACGCAAACGCCACCAACGUGAAGAUCUACAACACACCAACCGUCAGCUACCUGGAGGUCAGUCCCUCUCAGAAUGACUUUGGCAGCUACAACUGCACAGCGACCAAUGUGAUGGGCACCGAGUCCAAGGAGUUCCUCCUUAUCCAAGCAGAAGUUCCAUCAUCGCCUGUAGUUCACAUGGUGGAGCCUUUCUCCAGCACAGCAGUGGUACAUUUCAGGGAGCCUGAGUCCUUGGGUGGAGUGCCCAUUAUCAGGUACAAAGUGGAGUGGCGUUUGCCCGGCAGGGACUGGAUGAGCAAGGAGCACGAUGCUGAUGAAGACUUGUCCAAGAUCACCAUCGUUGGCCUGAAGCCAGAGACGAACUAUGAGGUCAAGAUGUCCGCCAUCAAUGGCAAAGGCGAAGGCGAGAGCAGCAUGCCCUACAACUUCAAGACCGAGCCAGUCCAGUAUUCUUUCACAAUUUCAUCAGAGAUACCACCCUCUAUCGCUGCCACCACUAUGGCCAGUAAAGGGGAACCCAGUGCCCCCAAACUAGAAGGCAAGGUCCAGAGCGGGGGAAAUGUUCUUAAGGUCAACUGGAUCAAGCAGGACGAUGGCGGUUCUCCCAUUAAACAUUACCUUGUCAGAUACAAGGCUAAGCACGUAUCCGACUGGAAACCAGAGAUCCGCCUCCCUCAUGACAGCGACUAUGCUGUCCUGAGCGGUCUCGAUUGGGACACAGAGUACGAAGUUCACGUGGUGGCCGAGAACCAGCAGGGCAAGUCGCAGCCUGGCAUCUUCUCCUUCAGAACGGCCACAGAGCCCACCACCAUCCCAGCGACCCUGGGUUGCCGAUGUGUGACGUACAGUCUGGCAGCUCUUCUGCUGUCCAUGCUGACUGCGCUCUGGCUCUCAUAAACUGAUUUCGUUCAAGGAGAAAGAGGAUGGUCUGAGCCUUUGAAAUCUGUGGGCCCAGAAUCCUUUGCUUUCUAUGCCUUUUUGACCCUUGUGCAGCCACACACAAGAUACAAAAAAGAUGAAGAGUCAAGACAUUGGUUUCAUGACGUUAUUACAGGGUGCUCAGUACUUGCAUCAUUCUCAAAUUUCUGGGAAUUUAGAUUCUGUUCUGAUUUGUUUUCAUCUGUUUUCAUGUUGUAAAUGAAUAGCCUAAGAAAGAGACAAAAUAAGAGGGUGUUAUUGUAAAAAAUUGGACUUGGGUGCUCUUUUGAAUUAGACAAAGUGUCGCUGCUUUGUUUUAGAUGCAAUUAGUAACACAUUCAUAAUGCCUUAAUGUGAUCUUAAGAGGGAUGAUCAAUAGAAUAAUUUCCUUACUCCGUCUGAUUAUGUGUCGACAAUGUGCUAACCAGAAACGGCAACAGUAAAGAGACUUUUAUUUUGGGAUUUAUUGCCUAAUUAAAGGACACAUCAUUCCACUGCAAUGUCAGAAAUGACACAAAAGCAUGAACACUGCAUGAAAGCUGUCACAAGGCAUGAUCCAGUAUUCAUGAAUGUGCUAUGCAGCUGCUUUGAAGCUCCCCAGUCAAAGCAUUAUGAAUGUGUUAACCAGGCGAAGAGUACAUGCUGUGCCUAAUUUCUGUCUUUUGGAUACAAGCUUGAAAUGUCCUGCAGUACAAAGCGAAGAAGAAAAACAUUUAGGGAGAAAUGUUGGAUUGGUUUUGUUCAGAGACUUGAGUUUGUUAUUUUUUAACAUUAUAUAAUGCUCACUUUCAGACACAUUAUUAUGUAACCACCUUGUCAGGAGAGAGCAGAAAGUUGUGCAGAUAAACUAAUCAUGUUUGUGACAAAGUGUACAUAAUCUUUUCAGACUGACCUUCAAGAAAUACAAGAAAUCAGCUGUUUUUUUCUUUUGAUUUUGAUGAAUCAUGUUCUCUUUUUACCUGAAAGCAGAGAAAUGUCUGAAAUACAUAAAUGCAACAGCCGUUCAACACUAAAAAUUUCAUUUUCAACAAUGUGAAAUGAUUCUAUUCUCUGAGACCUUUUUGUAAGUACAUAUCAGUGUAUUUCCAUGUAACCAUUGUAGGGUUGAAAUAAA